GUUCCCACAUAUUAUAGCAACCUUCUUUGGCGAUAUUCAUUUUCGUUAUUUUGCACCAAAAGUGCUUAAAUAAUGAAUAGCAAAACCAAAACAAAAUCACAUGUGGGGACGUCAUAUUUGUUUGCAUUAUGAAUCGGUUAUUAAAAUUUAAAUUUUUUCAGAUAAAACAAUUUUCUUGUAAAUAUCAUUCCUCCCUCGGUGUAUAUGGAUUCAAACCGAAAUCAAACGAUAAUGUUAACUCUGAAAACCUUCCUAACAAAAAUUAUGGAAGUAGCAUUUACCAAAUUCUUGAAGCUUACAGAAAUCAUGGACAUAGAAUAGCUUUUUUAAAUCCCUUGAGGAAUCCUGAAAAAAAGUACUUACCUGUUCUUGAUCCAGUGAAUUAUGGAUUUAGUAACAACAGUUCUGAAAAGAUUUCACUAUCGAAAAUCUCCUCAUCUCUUCCGUAUGAAUUACCAAUUUCUGAGCUUUUGCCUUUAAUCGAAAAAAUAUAUUGCAAUAAAAUUGGAAUUGAGGUACAACACUUAGAGGAACACGAAAAAGAUUGGCUUGUAAAAGAAUUUGAAAAAAUCCAAUUAGAAACUCAAUUUUCUAAUUUUGAAAGACAAAAUUUAGCUCAGGAACUUAUAAAGUCUCAGGUUUUUGAAAACUUUUUGGCUACUAAAUUUUCUACUGUGAAGAGAUAUGGAGGAGAAGGUGCUGAAAGUAUGAUUGCUUUCUUUAUAGAAAUUUUGAAUCAAUGCUGCAUAGAUGGUGUGAAAGAUGUUCAGAUUGGAAUUGCUCAUAGAGGUCGACUAGCUCUUUUAACUGGACUUUUGAAGUUUCCUCCUGUUGCCAUGUUUCAGAAGAUGUCAGGACUUUCUGAAUUUCCUCCAGAUGUAAAAACAACUGGUGACGUUUUAUCACAUCUAACAAGUUCUGUGGAUUAUGAGCAUAAUAAUUCUAAUGUGCAUGUCACAUUGCUUCCCAAUCCUUCACAUUUAGAAGCAAUUUCACCUGUGGUAGCUGGGUAUGCUCGCAGUCGUUUACAAACCAUGAAAGCAGCUGACUACUCAGAACAGAGUGAUAGUAACAUAAAAUACCCAGUUUUGCCUAUUCAGGUUCAUGGAGAUGCAUCUUUCUCUGGCCAGGGUGUUGUCAUGGAAACUCUUGCAGUCUCAAAUGUGCCUCAUUUUACUACUGGUGGGUCUAUUCAUUUAAUAGUAAAUAACCAAGUUGGUUUUACUACCCCACAGGAAAGGGGCAGCUCUUCUAUUUACUCCAGUGACUUGAUGAAAAUGAUUUCCUCUCCUAUAAUACAUGUCAAUGGAGAUUCUCCUGAGGAUGUGGUUAAGGCAACAAAGCUUGCAUUUAAAUACAGGCAAGAAUUCAAGAAAGAUGUUCUGGUUGACAUGUUUUGUUUUAGGCGUUGGGGUCAUAAUGAAGUGGAUGACCCAACAUUCACAAAUCCAUUAAUGUACAAAAUUAUCCACUCCCGCAAAAGUGUUCCUGACAUUUAUGCUGAAAGUUUAAUUACUGAAAAUGUUUUAAGUAAAGAAGAUGUAAAUAAAAUUACUAAAAGCUAUUGGGAUUUAUUGAACGAAAAUUUGAAGCAAACGGAAUCCUAUAAAACAAAGAAUUAUGGCAUCAGUAAUAAUUUGAACUCAAACGAAGAUUCCAAAAAAGUAAUUUCAGUUUAUGAUACAGGUAUUAACGUUGACUUAUUGAAAUUUGUGGGUGCAAGGUCUGUGGAACUUCCUAAAAAUUUUGCAGUUCAUCCUAGAUUAGAAAAGAAUUUUAUACAAGAGCGCAUCAAGAAAAUCAGCACAGGAAGCCAGUUAGAUUGGGCGACUGCUGAAGCUUUGGCUAUAGGAUCACUACUUUACCAAGGCCACAAUGUUCGCAUUAGUGGGCAAGAUGUUGGCAGGGGUACUUUUAGUCAUAGACACGCUAUGCUAAUUGAUCAAACCUCUGGUGAGAUGCAUAUUCCAUUAAAUAACAUGUUUCAUAACCAGCCUGCAUAUUUAGAGGUUGCAAAUAGUGUUUUAUCAGAAGAAGGUGUGCUGAGUUUUGAAUAUGGUUUUAGUGUAGAAAAUACUAACAAUCUAGUAAUCUGGGAAGCUCAAUUUGGAGACUUUUUUAACUCAGCUCAAGUUGUGUUUGAUACACUCAUUUCAUCUGGAGAAACAAAGUGGCUUUUACCCAGCAGAUUAGUGAUUCUUUUGCCUCAUGGUUAUGAUGGUGCUGGACCAGAACACUCCUCGUGUAGAAUGGAACGGUUCCUGCAGAUGUGUGAUAGUUCUGAAGAUAAAAUCGAUAGUGAUGAUGUUAAUUGGCACAUAGCUAAUCCUACAACACCUGCUCAAUAUUUUCAUCUUCUAAGACAUCAAAUGCUAUGUGAGUUAAAGAAACCUUUGAUUGUUGUUGCCCCAAAAAUUCUUAUACGUGAUCCAAAUGCAAUAUCAUCUCUAGAAGACAUGGCUCCUGGGAAAAGCUUUAAGUCUGUUUUAGGAGAUAAUUCUGUAUCUGCUGAAAAUGUGAAAACUGUUAUAUUUUGUUCUGGUAAACACUUCUAUUUGCUGCAAAAGGAGAGAGAAAAUAGAAAAUUGAAUGAUCAUGCAAUUAUAAGAAUUGAGAAGUUAUCACCCUUUCCAGUAGAAGAGAUUCACAAAGAAAUGCAAAGCUUUCAGAAUGCUAAAAGAUUUAUAUGGUCUCAAGAAGAGCAUCAAAAUAUGGGUGCUUGGACUUUUAUUCAACCUCGCUUCCGUAACCUAUUAGGAUGCAAUCUAAAAUACGCUGGACGAAGACCAUUAGGAACACCUGCUGUAGGAAUUGGAAAACUACACCAAGAAGAAAUUAAAUCUGUUUUAAGCCAAACUUUUGAAUAAUAUUUUGCUGAACAUUUAAAAAAAAUUUGAGAUUACAGAGCUUUUUAAUAAUUUUGAUGUGCAAUUGAAAAAGCAAUGUAUAUGUAUCACAAUUAAUUUCAAGAAAAGUGGUUUGACAACCAUUUUCUUUCCAUUGCUAAUGCUACAAACGCUAAAAUAGAAUUUCAGAAAACUCAUGAAACAAAAUUUGCUUUUGAAAAAAAAAAAUUUUUUUUUUGCAGUAUGUAGCAUAUCAUACAAAGAUUCCAAUUAUAUUAAUAUCUCAAUUUUGAUUAUUUUGUCGCUUACGUUGAUUUUUCUUUUGCACGACAGUAUUUUUCUAUUUUACACCAAUUAUUAA